AUGUCUCAAUCCGGAGCGACCGUGUCUCAGGAGUGCAUAACGGCCUACAAUGAGCUUAAGCUGUCCAAGAAGUACAAGUACAUCAUUUACAAGCUCUCGGAUGACAACAAGGAGAUCGUCGUCGAGGAGGCCUCGGCCGAUAAGGACUAUGACAACUUCCGCGAGAAGCUGAUCAACGCCACCACCAAGUCCAAGAGCGGCGCUGUCGGCAAGGGUCCCCGUUACGCCGUCUACGACUUCGAGUACAGCCUUGCCUCUGGCGAGGGUGAGCGCAACAAGAUCACCUUCCUCGCUUGGUCCCCCGAUGAUGCUGGUGUCAUGGCCAAGAUGGUUUACGCUUCCUCCAAGGAGGCUCUCAAGCGCUCGCUCACCGGCAUUGCGACCGAGCUCCAGGCCAACGACGCCGAUGACAUCGAGUACGACUCCAUCCUCAAGACUGUCAGCAAGGGUUUGGCUGGUUAG